AUGGAAAACCGCCACCAAAUGCAACAACAACAACGUCCUGGAUUGACCUUACUUAGAUCCACCAAUCUAAAUCUAGAUCCUGCAACCAUCAACACCGGACAGCGUGAUGAUCCUUCGGUCAAAGAACUGGAUUUUUUCCCAUCAUCUUCACUGUUCAAGAACACCGAAUACACUCGAAAAAGAGUUUCUGAGGCUACAAGAAGAGAAUUACAAGUUGAGAACUAUGUUGGACCAAAUCACCAAAAACUACCACCAGCUACAAUUUUUCAUUGCUUUGCAGAAGCAGAAGCCAAUGUGGAGAAAAAUGAGAUGAUGUCUGGUCAACAUUUAUUGGACCCACAACCAUGCACCAAAUUAGACGGUAAAGUUGUUGUUGCAUCAGUCUCGGAUGAUAAAUCUGGUCUAGAGGCUCGUCCUGAUCAUGCAGAAGAUGCUCUUGAACAAUCGUCCUCACAGAGUUUGGGAUCAUCCAAGAGUCCCAAGAUUGAAGAAUCUAAGGCCAGUGAGCUUCCUUUCAGAAGAGCCAGAGUUUCUGUGCGUGCAAUAUCAGAAGCUCCUAUGAUUUGCGAUGGAUGUCAAUGGAGGAAAUAUGGGCAGAAAAUAUCCAAGGGUAAUCCUUGUCCUCGUGCCUAUUAUCGUUGCACCAUGGCAGUAGGAUGUCCAGUUCGUAAGCAGGUGCAAAGAUGCACAGAGGACAAGACUGUGUUGAUAACAACUUACGAAGGCAAUCAUAACCACCCUCUUCCACCUUCAGCCACGGUCAUGGCCAAUUCUACCUCAGCAGCUGCAGCUAUGUUCUUAUCUUCUUCAGGUUCAACAACUAGUAACGAAGCACUAAGCAACACUGUAGGGGUAUUCUCUUCCAUGCCCUACAUCUCAAUGGCAACCCUCUCAACCUCUGCACCAUUUCCCACUAUCACCCUUGACAUGACCACCAACCCUAUGCAACUGCACCGGGACCCCUCUUCUGCUCUCACGUCCCCUCUUCCCUUGCAUGCAACUACUUUCCCUCAGCUACUAGGACACCCUGUCAUCUUCCCUCACAAGGUGGAACAUACACUAGGGCAAAGGCAACCUUCGUUUAUCACAGAUACGAUGAGUGCAGCUAUUGCUUCGAAUCCAAAUUUCACUGUAGCAUUAGCAGCAGCUAUCUCGUCAAUUAUUGGAGCUACUAGAGGCAAUGAUGGAAAUAAUAACAACAGUAGCAAUGGUGGAAGUGUUCUUGCCCUUAAUGGGACAUCUAUGUUGCCUGGAUCCACUUAA